UAAGCUUAAUGCUUCUCUCUAUUUCUGUCCAUCUGCCAAUAGAGCAAUAUCUCUCUCUCUCUCUCUCUCUCUAUCGCUCUCUCUCUCUACUGUGCAGUCAUCUACGCGUCUGGUUUUGGUUGUCCUUCCAGUUGAAAUUGACCAAAUCUACUGCUGCAUUUAGCUAGGAGACCCGAAGAAAGCUGUUGCCGGAGAGUUUUUGAGUCUUGCCGUAGUAGUUCUUCGGCUGAGCUCCCUGGCAAUGUGGAAGCUCCGCUCGAUCUUCAACCUCUUGCUUCUCUGCUCCGCCGUGACAUUGGUCGCUGCUCAAGGAUCUACUAACAGUACCUCGAAAUGGCAAACGCUUAGCGGAGAUGCACCCUUAGUCAUUGCUCGUGGUGGAUUUUCAGGGUUAUUCCCCGACUCCAGCUUUAAUGCAUACAGUUUCGCUGGGUUGACUAGCUUAACUAAUGUGAUUAUGUGGUGUGAUGUACAACUAACAAAAGAUGGAGUUGGAAUCUGCUUUCCAGAUAUCAAGCUUGAUAAUGCCUCCAACGUUGCUACACUCUUCAAAGAUAAGCAGAGUACCUACCUUGUGAAUGGGGUUCCAACGACGGCAUGGUUUCCCAUAGAUUUUAAUUUCAAGCAGCUGACGCUUGUCAAUUUGCAACAAGGAGUUUAUUCUCGAUCAAGUAGAUUUGAUGGCACCCCGCAGCAGAUUCUUACUGUCGAAGAUGUGUUUAAUAAAGUCCAACCUCCAGGGUUAUGGUUGAAUGUUCAGCAUGAUUCCUUCUAUAGCCAACACAAUCUGAGUAUGAGAACCUUUGUUCUUAGUGUAUCUAGAAGGGUUGUUAUUAACUACAUUUCAUCACCUGAAGUGAACUUCUUGAAAAGUAUUGCAUCACGAAUCAAUCCAAGAGUGACAAAACUAGUUUUCCGAUUUCUUGGAAAUGAUGAAACUGAACCUUCAACCAACCAAACAUAUGGAUCUCUGUUACAGAAUCUUGCUUCUAUUAAAACCUUUGCCUCAGGGAUCCUCGUACCUAAAAGUUAUAUCUGGCCAGUGGACAAGUCUUCCUCCUAUCUACAGCCUACUACAUCUCUUGUACUGGAUGCUCAUAAAGUGGGCCUAGAAGUUUAUGCCUCAGACUUUGCCAGUGAUGUUCCUUUUGCCUUCGAUUACAGUUAUGAUCCUGUAGCAGAGUACCUUUCCUUCAUUGACAAUGGGAACUAUUCUGUGGAUGGUGUGCUCUCUGACUUCCCAAUAACACCAUCAGGGGCCAUAGACUGCUAUUCUCAUAUGCGGAAGGGUCAAAAAAAUCAAGUGCCUGAGUUUCUGGUUAUCUCAUUUGAUGGAGCAAGUGGGGACUAUCCUGGUUGUACUGACAAGGCAUAUUCGAAAGCAGUUUCUGAUGGCGUAGAUAUUAUUGACUGUACUGUCCAAAUGACAAAGGAUGGAAUACCUUUCUGCAUGGGUUCUGUAAAUAUGAUAGAUGGGACUACAGCUGCUCAACAAUUCAGCAACCUUGCUGUUAGCAUUCCAGAGCUCAAAACACAAAAUGCAAUACAUAGUUUUGACCUCAAUUGGAAAGAUAUCCAGAGCCUACAAGCACAAAUAUCAAACCCAUUUGCAAAAUUUAGAUUGUUCCGGAAUCCAGUAGCAAAAAAUGAGGGGAAAUUUAUGACGCUUGAUGAUUUUUUGACAUUUGCUGCAAAUGCUACAUCUGUUUCUGGUGUUCUCAUUACCGUAGAGAAUGCGGCAUACCUGGCAGAAAAGAAGGGACUAGGUGUGACUGAUGCUGUUCUACUUGCUCUCAACAAAGCUGAUCUGAAAACCAAGAAAGUUAUGAUUCACUCAAAUGACAGCUCAGUUCUGAUGAAAUUUACAAAUAGCAAGUAUGAACGUGUUUAUGGGAUUAAGGAGGAAAUCAGUGAUAUUCAGAACUCAACUAUUCUGGAGAUCAAGAAGUUUGCAAGUUCUGUAAUCAUAGGCAAAUCUUCCGUGUUUCCAACUGAUGAUUCAUUCCUCGUUGGGGUAACAAAUGUUGUAGCAAAGCUGCAAGCUUCCAAGGUUAAAGUAUACGUGCAACUCUUCAGCAACGAGUUUGUAUCUCAAGCAUGGGACUUCUUCUCAGAUCCAUAUGUGGAGUUAAAUAGCUAUGUUUUUGGUGCCAGUGCAAAUCCUUUUGAUGGUGUUAUAACAGGCUUCCCGGCCACAGCUAAUAGAUACAGGCGCAACCGUUGUCUUGGGUACAAGGAGAUACCUCCAUACAUGCUCCCAGUUGGACCUGGCAGUCUUCUUCAACUCAUGAGUCCUCAGUAUUUACCACCAGCGGAGGCUCCCUAUCCUGUACUGACAGAGAGCGAUGUGGUGGAGCCACCUCUACCCCCAGUUGCCAAGAUUGCUCCAGCUAGUAACAAUAAUGGAUCAGCUCCAGGGCCUAAUGCUCCUCCUAGUGGGCAAUCUGCAAUCACCGCUAGCAUUUCCAUGAUCAGCAUGUGCAUUCUUCUGGCAGUCUUGGUGAUUUCUUGAACAUGAUUGUUUCCUCAGAGCGUACGCGAGCUGAGGUAGCCGCCAUUUUGUACAAUUUGUAUCUCCAUCUACUCUAUUCACUUAUGUUCAAAGACGGAUUCUGAAUCCAAACACUGAGUCGGGCUAGUUCAGAGUGCACCUCAGAGAUAACUUUAAUUUGUGAUUUCUCAUUGUUUAUGUCAAUGUCCAUGUUCAUUCUAUUCAUGACAUUUUCUUUUCAUCUUAAACUUGGUUGGGGUGUUGCUUUAGAUGCUAAAACGCUUCGGUUUUGGAUAAUUUAUUUAUUUAUUUUAGAUGGUA